GGCGCUUGCAACCAGGGGAGCCUGGAGCCUGAACUUUUCUCCGUCAGAAAAGAGGGCUCCGUACUAGGGGAAAAAAGAAAGUUGAGCCAGAGGAGAGUGUUCACUCGGUUGAGGCUCGGGGGGGAAAAACUCCCUGCCCUCACCCUCCCUGCCCGCAGAAAGCGUCCCGCUCCCUUCGUCCCAGAGGAGCCCCCCUGGCACCAUGAACGUCUUCCGCAUCCUGGGGGAUGUCUCCCACUUGCUGGCCAUCAUCAUCCUCCUGCUGAAGAUCCUGAAGUCUAAGUCCUGCGCUGGUAUCUCUGGGAAGAGUCAGAUUCUUUUCGCCCUCGUCUUCACAACCCGCUAUCUGGACCUGUUCACGACCUUCAUCUCUGUCUAUAACACUGUGAUGAAGGUCAUUUUUUUGAUAUGUGCCUACAUCACCGUGUACAUGAUCUACGUGAAAUUCCGGAAAACGUUUGACAGCGAGAAUGACUCCUUUCGCCUUGAGUUCCUGCUGGUCCCUGUCACAGGCCUGUCAUUUCUGGAGAACCACAGCUUCACCCCCUUGGAGAUACUCUGGACCUUCUCCAUCUACCUGGAGUCCGUGGCUAUCCUUCCUCAGCUCUUCAUGAUCAGCAAGACAGGGGAAGCAGAGACCAUCACGACGCACUACCUUUUCUUCCUGGGCCUCUACCGCGCCCUCUACAUUGCCAACUGGGUCUGGCGCUACCACACGGAGAAUUUCUACGACCAGAUCGCUGUAGUUUCCGGGGUGGUACAAACCAUCUUCUACUGCGACUUCUUCUAUCUCUACGUUACCAAAGUCCUAAAAGGAAAGAAGCUAAGUCUUCCCAUGCCCGUUUGAAGACAUUUCCACAGACAAUGCAAGAAAUUCUGAAGAUGACGCUCUUAAGAUCACAGCUUUCCUUUCCUGGCCCUUUUUGACUAACGGAUGGCUCAGCCGAGUUUCACUCCAGUGCCAGGAAGACAAUGAGGCCUGGAAAGCUGAUAUGCUUUUCAUCCAUCAGACUUUCCCUCAGUUGUUUUUUUUUUUUAUUUCUUCUUACUUGAAUUUGGUGCUAGUAAGUAGUGCUGGCCAAUAUUGACGUAGUGCAAAUUAUUCUCUCCCGGCUCUUCCCAGCAUCUACCUCCAAAACACACCUCUACUGUGACCCUGAGGCAGCACAAGGACUGUAAGGGAAAUUGUCUCUACCUUUAGUCCUUCAGUCCUUUAACGAGCGCCUAUGGUAAAGGGAACAUGGUACUAUUAAGUCUAGUAACAUACACAAAGGCCACUGACCCAUUUCACACGUGGCCACAUCUGACACAGCAGAUGCUACAAACUGUAUGAACUAACAUCCUCCUCAAAGUUAACUCUGCCUGACCCUCAUUCUAUUCAGGUCCUGUAACAUUCAGGAAAAAUACAUUCCUUUCAAGUGACAUGAAUCUUCCAGCUCCACAAGUGUUCAAACAUUCUCCCCCACUCACUUUCAGUGACAGUUCCUCUUAUUCGACAAACGGGGACCAUUUCAAUUAAAAUUCAGUGGGUUGCCAACAGGUGUUUCCAACUCCUUGAAUUUGACUUUUUUUUUUUUAAAGAACUGGGAAGAACGGGGGCAAAGACAGCUUUACACUCCAAAAAUAAAGACAAAGUUCACAAUUUAU